ACUAUAGUGGAGAGUUGAAUACACAAAGGGCACAAUGAAAGGACAUGGCCUGUCAAGAUUGUCUUUUUAAUUUAUCUAAACGCGUUCAUUUUACAAAGGGGUCGUCUCCAUCUAAACAAGCGGGGGCGGCUAAACUUCUUUAGCAAACGUAAGAUAUAUAAUCAUAUAUCGAGGAAGACAACAAGUCACAUGAAGCAUCGCUUUACGUUAAUCCGGAAGUUUUUUCCUUUCUCCAGUUGCAUUCUGGGUAGUGGUAAAACGCACGAAAUACUCUCGCCGCUGAUUCAUUGGUCGCACGUUGCAGAAGCAUGAAAGUUUGAAGACUGCGGAAAUCAACAAAGAACAACUUCAAAUUAAGGAUCUCUGCAAAUAUGUCCAUCGGCGUGCCCAUCAAGAUCCUGCAUGAAGCAGAGGGUCACAUUGUGACCUGUGAGACCAACACUGGUGAAGUGUACAGAGGCAAGCUCAUUGAGGCUGAGGACAACAUGAACUGCCAGAUGUCCAAUAUCACUGUGACUCAUCGGGAUGGCCGUGUAGCCCAACUAGAGCAGGUCUACAUCCGGGGCAGCAAGAUUCGCUUCCUGAUUUUACCGGACAUGUUAAAGAAUGCUCCUAUGUUGAAGAGCAUGAAAAACAAGAACCAGGGCACCGGAGCAGGAAGGGGGAAGGCAGCCAUUCUCAAAGCCCAGGUGGCUGCAAGAGGACGAGGUCGUGGAGGAAUUGGAAGAGGAACCAUUUUCCAGAAGAGGCGAUAGUAUCUGCAAUGGUUAAUUAAAAAAGAUAGCAUGGUAGUGUUUUUAAUGUUUUUUUCUUAAGAGAAUACUUUUUUUCUUUAGCCAGACUUUUACAUUUUCCAAGACGGACACAUGUUUUUGACAUUGUAAUUUUUUUAUAUAUAUAAAUGUAUAUUUGUAAUAAAUUGUCGGUUCCCCUGUCUGCUCAUUUCUA